GUUUCCGUUUUAGUGAUUGUCUCUCGCGCGCUUCUCCUCCACUCCAUCCCAGCUACUACCAUCGUAAUGGCCUACUGGGCAAUAGCGACACGCAAAUGCGAAUCACCGCCAAUGCGAAUCACACCCGUACUCAAUCCCAAUCAACGUGAAUUCCUCGAGGAUGAGUUACUCUAUCGCGAAAAAUUGGAAAUACUCGCAGAGCACAACACGAUCAGCACCGAUCUGUUUGUGCGCAAAUUCGAGGACAUCGACGAUCCGAUAUUGCUGGACAAACACGACUCCUUCUAUCACACCACCAAAAGUUUGCUAGUGCUCUUUCAGAUAAUGGGUGUUAUGCCGAUUCACCGCAAUCCGCAGAAGCCGCAAAUGCCACGCACCGGCUAUUCGUGGACCUCCAAACAGGUAUUUUGGGCUAUAUUUGUAUUCUCCGUGCAAACGACCGUGGUUGUUAUGGUUUUGCGCGAGCGUGUGAACACAUUUUUGAAUGACUCAGAUCGGCGCUUCGACGAGGCCAUCUACAAUGUGAUUUUUAUCAGUUUGCUAUUCACGAAUUUUCUAUUGCCGGUGGCGAGUUGGCGCCAUGGUCCCCAGGUGGCGAUCUUCAAGAAUAUGUGGACAAAUUACCAGUUGAAGUUUUUAAAAGUGACCGGCUCGCCAAUAGUUUUUCCUAACUUAUAUCCGCUCACCUGGGCUUUGUGUUUCUUUUCGUGGGGCGUGAGUAUUGCGAUUAAUUUGUCUCAGUACUACUUACAACCCGACUUCAAGCUGUGGUACACCUUUGCUUACUAUCCGAUCAUAGCGAUGUUGAAUGGAUUUUGCAGUUUAUGGUAUAUCAACUGCACCGCUUUUGGCACCGCAAGUCGCGCUCUUUCCGCUUCACUUGAGAUGACUCUGAUGAGCGAUAAACCGGCGAAGAAGCUCACCGAGUACCGACAUCUUUGGGUGGACCUGAGUCACAUGAUGCAACAGCUAGGCCGCGCCUACUCCAACAUGUACGGCAUGUAUUGCUUAGUUGUCUUCUUCACGACUAUCAUUGCCACUUAUGGUUCACUCAGCGAGAUCAUGGACCAUGGCGCCACCUACAAGGAAGUUGGCCUCUUCGUCAUCGUUUUCUACUGCAUGAGUCUGCUCUACAUCAUCUGCAAUGAGGCACAUUAUGCCACGCAAAGUGUGGGCUUGGACUUUCAAACGAAGCUCUUGAAUGUGGAUCUCACAGUGGUGGAUAGCGCCACACAAAAGGAGGUGGAAAUGUUUCUCAUGGCUAUAACGAAGAAUCCGCCAAUUAUGAAUUUGGAUGGUUAUGCGAAUAUUAAUAGAGAGUUGAUAACAUCGAAUGUUUCAUUUAUGGCCACUUAUUUGGUAGUGCUGCUUCAAUUUAAAAUUACCGAGCAACGGAACUACACUUUGAGAGAGGGCUGAGUGGAGUUGUGCUGCAUUGACUUAUUG